AUGAAUGCAGCAUUUUGUUUAGCGGAAAAACUGAAAAUGGAUUGUGUAAUAUUUCAUGAUGUUGAUAUGUUUCCAGCAGAUGAUCGGAUUAAUUACGGUUGUCCCGAUACACCGCGACAUAUCGGUGCUUAUGUAAAUACCUUAGGUUAUCGUCUAAUGUAUGCUGAAAUAGUUGGUGGUGUACUUGCAAUUCGCAUGAAUCAUUUCCAUGCUGUUAACGGUUUUUCCAAUGAGUUUUGGGGUUGGGGAGGUGAGGAUGAUGAUAUGGGAAUACGUAUUUUAACAUUGAAUAUGACAAUUGAAAGACCGGAUGCUUUUAUUGGACGAUAUGUAAUGUUAGAACAUAUCAAACGAAAAGACUCGAAUAAUCGAUUAAUGCGAAAAUUGCAAAUAAUUGAGAAAUUCAUUUCUAGUAGACGUAUGCUAAAAGCUUCGCAUAUUCGUAUGCAAUGGGAUGGAGUGACAAAUAUAUCAUGGAGAAUUAUUAAGGUCAUUAAACGUCCUCUGUAUUAUCACAUGUAUGUUGAUGUAGGCCGACCACCACAUGGGUGGCACUGA